CAUCAUCUCAAUACUCAAUAGACUCGCAGAAAAACAAAUAUUUUUAAACACAUUUUGGGUAUUACUGAGCGUUCUUGUUUGGGAGAAUCGAUAGAGAACCAGUGAGAGAAAAGCAGAAAGAAAACAACAGAGAACAGAAAGAAAGUUUUAUUAUAAAGAACGAAUCCCCAAUUGUGUUCUUAUCUUUCUUUGUAAAACCAGAGUCAAAGUAUUACAGGGAGAAAAAGAGAAACAUACAGAGAAGAAGAAGAGUGAGAGAUGGGUACGGGAUGGAGAAGAGCAUUUUGCACAUCGUUACCAAGAGAUGGUGAAGUGAUAAGAAGAGAGAAACUAAAGAAAAGAAGUCCUAGUACUAGUCCAAGUCCAAGAAGUAGUAGCAGAAAAAUUGGAGGUCUUUUUACUUCCACUAGUACUACUAAAACUAAAAUCAAAAGUCAUAGUUUGCCUUCAACACCACGUUUACAAUCUCAUCAUCCAAUCUCUGUUAGUCCUAGUUUACGUUGUAGAACUACUCCUCCUAUGCCUCCUCAAAAUGAAAACACCCCUAAACUUCAAUGCAAAACGAAAUCCUCUAAAUUGUUUCAAACUUCAUCUUCAGCACCAUCUUCACCAAAAUCUCCAUUGAAAUUUUCAAUCUUUAAAUCUGGUUCUCGCUUAUCAAAGAAUACUUGUGGGAUUUGUUCACAGAGCAUGAAAUCAGGUCAAGGUACAGCAAUUUUUACAGCAGAAUGCUCCCAUUCUUUUCAUUUCCAUUGUAUAUCUUCUCAUGUUAGAAAUUCUCCCGUCAGUCUCGUUUGCCCUGUUUGUACUACUAUCUGGAAAGAAGUACCGUUAAUGGGACAAACCCUCAAACGCCAAAUUGAACAAGAAAUCAUCACCAAACAAUCUUCUUCACCGAAAACAGCAAAUUCUGACCAAUUGGAGAUUAGGGUUUAUGACGACGAUGAACCAUUAUUAUUAUCUCCAACUGCCGGAGCUAAAUUCAAUUCAAUACCAGAAACAGAUGAAGAAGAAAUCGAAGAGUUUCAAGGUUUUUUCGUAAAUAAUCCUGUUCUUCUACCUGUCACUCCCAAGUCUCCAGAAGAAACAGUGUUCAACGGCGGAGAUUCAUCGAGAAAUGUUCAAGUUAGGUUACAACCGGAAGUAGCAGUGAUCUCAGUAGGCCAAAACUACGAGAAUUAUGCUUUAACGGUCAAGAUCAAAGCACCACCAGUAGCGCAGAAUAGUAAUCAUGCGCCGUUUUCAGAACACGGGCGACGUGCGCCUAUUGAUUUAGUUACCGUUUUAGAUUUAAGUGGUAAUAUGAACGGCUCAAAAUUACAUAUGCUUAAACGCGCCAUGCGCUUAGUUAUUUCUUCACUCGAUUCAUCUGAUCGGCUUGCAAUAGUCGGCUUCUCAUCAACUACCAAACGGCUAUUACCUUUGAGGAGAAUGUCUCCUCAAGGUCAACGGUCAGCGCGCCGUAUUAUUGAUCGGCUCAUUUGUGGCCAAGGUACCAUCAGCGUUGUUAACGAUGGUCUGAGAAAAGCUGCCAAAGUUCUUGAAGAUCGCAGGGAGAGAAAUCCUGUUGCUAGUGUUAUGCUAUUAUCAGACGGCCAGGACGACGGUGUUCCAUCGAAUCAACAACGCUGUCUAUUGUCGUCAUCCCAGACGCGUUUCGCUCACCUAGAGAUUCCUGUGCAUUCUUCCGGGUUUGGUGAUAAAAUUGGGUUCAGUCAUGAGCCGGCUGAGGACGCAUUUGCGAGAUGUGUUGGUGGCCUAUUGAGUGUGGUGACCCAAGAUCUUAGGCUGCAGUUAGGUUUCGCUCCUGGAUCAGAUAUAGCUGAUACUGCAGCAAUUUAUUCUUAUAGUGGGCGGCCGGCAUUACUUUCUGGUAACGGUUCAGGUCUUGUGCGGCUCGGGGAUCUUUACGCGGAGGAGGAGAGAGAGUUACUGGUGGAGUUAAGGGUUCCAACUGGAUUAAUUGACGCACACCAUCUGAUGUCUGCCAGAUCUUCAUAUAGAGAUCCAGUUACUCAGGAUGUGAUAUAUGGUGAUGAACAAAUUCUACAAGUACCAAGUGCACAAACUGUCAGAUCAUCGAAUCCGAAGAUCGAGCGUCUGAGAAAUCUUUUUGUUACAACUCGGUCUAUAGCUGAGAGUCGACGACUUGUUGAAUACAAUGAUGUAUCGAGCGCAAUCCAUUUACUUUCUUCCGCCAGAGCAUUAUUAACGCAAUCCAGCUCGAUAUCAGCUGAAGAGUAUAUUCAUUGCUUAGAAAUUGAUUUGGCUGACUUGCAUCGGCGCAAACAAUAUCAGCAGCAGCAGCAACAAAUACAACGGCAGAAGUCACGCGAGAGGGAAAUGGCAUUUCUUGAUGAGAAUGGGGAGCCUCUUACACCAACAUCAGCGUGGCGAGCAGCAGAGAAACUUGCUAAAGUGGCAAUUAUGAAAAAAUCCAUGAACAGAGUGAGCGAUUUACAUGGUUUUGAGAGUGCGAGAUUCUAGAGAAGAAGAGUGAAAAGAAAAUGUAAUUUCUCUUCUUCUUUUAGUAGAAAUUUAUAGGGUGUAAAGAAACGAAAUGAAAUGAAUUUCAAGAGAGAGGGAGUUUAGUCAGUGAUUUUCAUUUCUGAUAUGAUUGUAACUUUCAGUUUGCUACUGCCAUUUUAAAAAUUUGUAUGGUAA